AAGCCGUUAGUGCGGUGUGGCGCUUGUUCCGCUUCCGGGUGGGAGGUGAGGGCGGCGCGGGGUCGCCAUGGCGAGUAACGCCGCCAGCCUCAACGCGGUGCGGGAGACGAUGGAUGUUCUGUUUGAGAUUUCAAGAAUAUUGAACACUGGUUUGGAUAUGGAGACGUUGUCUAUUUGUGUGAGGCUUUGUGAACAGGGGAUAAAUCCAGAAGCAUUAUCAUCUGUUAUUAAAGAACUGCGUAAGGCUACAGAAGCUCUAAAGGCUGCUGAAAAUAUGACAGGCUGACAUAGGAGAAGAUUUCUAUAUGAGAAGAAUGCCAAGUUAAAGUUCACAGAGACUUUGAAGAUUGCCACUGUUCAGGAAAAAAGUGAAAUAAGUAUGUGUGUGAAGGUUUCAGAAUAUUUCUGUAAUCUUCAUGAAAAGGAUGAUGUCUAGAAUAGCUUUGAAAAGAUUUUUUUUAAUAAGUUCACUAAUAAUCUCAUUCCUUGGUAUUUUUGUGAACUAUUUGUGAAUGUAGUGCAAUUGCUUUUCUUUGGCAUCCAGUAUUUUUUAAAUCAUGUGAGAUACUACACACUUGCUGAACUUCCUAGUGUGUAGCAACAAAUAUUGCUAUAAUGAGUAUAGCUUGUUAAUGCAUCGUUUAGAAGUGCUAAAAUAUCCUGGUUUUUUAUCUCUUGCUUUGAUGAAAAACUACAUGUACAAUUUUAAUUUUGCUUUAUGGACCAGAUAGGAAUGAAGCCCAUCCUGACUUUAUAUUAAUUAGAGUAAGGGUAGUGACUUAAGUCUCAAUCUGAAAGUAAGAAAUAAAGCCCUUUUGAUAAUGUAGGUAAUGAAUUGUUCUUUUGAUUCAAAUUGCUGGAAGAAGGUGGUUUUUAACUUGGAUAACAAAAGAACUUCAGUUAUCUAUGCAGAAAUGUGUGUAAACUUAAAUUCUAGAUUACAUGGAAUAUUUUAUGGAGUUCAGAUGCUACAUUUGUUGUGAUUACUAGACCUAAAAAUAUUAAGGCUCUAUUGUUACUGCCUUAGUCAAAACAUAUGAGAGAAGCAUCAGAUUUGGUUAAUGGGAAUCAAUGAGUCUUAAACAGUUAUUUGGCAUAGGAAAUUAUUCUCACUCAGCGCUAGGAGUCUUCACUGAUGCCAGAACAAAGUGUUUAUAGUAUAUACAGUAAACUGUUUAUCAUGUUACUUUCCAGUAGAUAUCCUUGCAUCCAGGAAUUCUACUUCAUAAGAAAAUGUUUUCUUGUUUAUUCUUCAUCUGCUGCUGUUGAAGCUUUUUUGAUUAUGUUUUUUAUUAGCAUGGUUCCAAGGUGUAGUGUUAAUGGUACCUAAAGUAACCUCCAAGGUUAGUAGGGUGGAGCACAUUUGCAAAAUGAACCAAGCCAAACAUUAUAUUUGUGCAGAGAAGAAAGGUCUUUCUACUUUAAGAGUUUACAUCAUAUGCACUCUAGGUCAUAGCUCUACAAAAAAGGAUCAAGGAGGCUAAAUACUUCAUGUUGCUGGCAGAGAGAACAGAAAAAUAUUUAUACUGCACUGAAUCACUUACCAUUAAUUCCAGUUAGCCUGGCCAAAAAGUCAUUCCUGGAGGAUGCUGUGAAGACUUCUGGAUAACUAAGCUGGGAGACUUUUAAGUGGUAUCACUUUACUCAUGAACACUUUAAAUCCUUUGUAAAUUGGUGUUGUAACUUCAGAUUUAUAACUUCUGAAUACUGGGGGGUUUUUUGAAAACAUUAAGGUGUCCCUAGGAUGAAAAGAUAGCAACAAUGAAAUUUAUCCUAGGAAGUCUGAGAAGUCAGUAAAAACAUCAUGAAAACACUAGGUCAGAUCAACACAAAUUAGCAAUUAGCUCUUUUACUUAAUUUUAUCUAGACUCAGUGCUACAUGUCAAAAGUGAGAAAAGACUGGGGAGCAUUCUUCCUGUUUUCAGGAGUCAAAUCUAAGUCUGUGAGUUCUCAAGUUUUCUGUAAACUGUAGCUAAUGUGCCCAAAAUAAUUAGGAAAUCAUAUUAGAGUGCAUGUUUCUGCUGGUGCUUUUCUUUUUCCUCCACUGUCAGAUCUUUGGGCAAUAAAGGACUUCCCUUGAAUCA